AAAGCUCUGAACGGAAGGACUGUUGGAUCUUGUGCCCCUCAAGCGGGUACUACUCACUGGACCACUCUGGCUCGUGACAGGAACGAAUGGAGUCGUUACUGGCGUCCGCUCGAGGAAAUCUUUGAUCAAUGGGACGACAGGUGA